CUUUCUAAAGGCAAACUUUACUCAAACUCAAUAUUAUAAAAAUCCUUUUUGCAAUCACUUUCUGCACCUGCAAAGCAUUUGGCCUCAAUCUUUUUUUGUAUUUUCACAUUUCCUUCAAAGCAAGUCGAGCGUUCUAAGAGAAAGAAAACCACCUAUACACAGCCAUUCACAAUGUCUGAACAGAGGGGAUUCGAGCUCCUCAAGAGCGCGGAAAAGAAGGCUCAGCAGAAGGGCUGGUUUAGCGGCCCCAAGUACGAGGAAGCCGGCGAGCUCUACGAGCAGGCGUCCAACCAAUUCAAAUUAGCAAAGCAGAUGCGCGAGGCUGGCGACGCCAUGAUCAAGGCCGCGCAAAUGAGCCUCAAGGCCGAGGAGCGCAACGACGCAGCACAGCGCUUUAUUUCGGCAUCAAAGUCGUACAAGAAAAACUACCCUUCCCAAGCCGUUGAUGCACUGAAGCAGGCAGUGGCUCUGCUGACUGAGCGCGGCAACUUCCGGAUGGCCGCUUCAAAUCAGAAGGAAAUCGCAAAGAUCUAUGAAGAGGCGCUGUCGGACGACGAAAACGCUAUGGAGGCCUACCAUCUGGCGGGCGAGUGGUAUGCCACUGAGGACUCGAUGGCGCUGGCCAACGGCUGCCAGCUCAAGGUUGCAACCUUUGCCGCUCAGCUGGAAAUGUACGACCGGGCAAUCAAGAUAUUUGACACUAUUGCCGAAGGCAGCCUGGACAACCAGCUCACAAAAUGGUCCGUCAAGGACUAUUUUUUGAAGGCCGAGCUUUGUCGGCUCGCCAUUCCCGAUGAUAUUGGCGCGGCAGAGGCGCUGGGCCGGUACAAGGACAUGGACCCAGGAUUUGAAAAGACACGCGAGUACAAGUUUCUCGACGAGAUCAUUGCUGAUGUCAAGAAGGGUGACUCGCAGUCAUUCACUGACCACGUCGCCAUUUACGAUCAGAUCUCCCACCUGGACAAGUGGAAAACAGCACUGCUUCUGCGUAUCAAGCAUUCAAUCUCCCAGGCCGAGGACGACCUCAUGUAGCGAAGAGGACCCGCUGCUGUGCUGUUCUAUGCCAUGCUUUCCUCGUCAUUAUUUUCCUUAUACACACUCGAGCAAAACAAAUAUAUUUAAUUUUUCAAUCACUCACUGCAUUUGGCUGUCUGCGCAGCUUAGUAUCCAGCAGUGUAGCAAAGUGUUUAGAUACGUUUGUAGAAUAGAAUAGAAUUCAAAUAAAGAAAUAAAAGAAAAA